AUGUCCUGUUUCUGGAGUGUGCUUCUCAUUUCUGUAAUACGAGUGCAGAGCCAAGUCCUUAAUUACCAGGACACGGUCGUCAUUGGAAAUCAGACGCUGCCGAAAGCAUUUGAGCCGCGCUACGACGUGAAUACAGAGAUGUGUCAAAUGCCAUAUGUUGCCCCCGAAACACCGCAGAUACGAGCGCUGCGUCCAAAGCACAGAUCGAAGCUGCGCAGCUGCAAGUCCCUCGAUCCUUUGGUCACUGUCAGCUGGAAUCCGCAACACGGUCGCUAUCAACUCAAUGUGCAGAAGUCCGUGGCCAGGCAGUUGCUGGGCAAGUCGGCGCCAACAACCUUAUGCCAAUAUCAACAAAUACAGCGCGGCAAGUUGGCAGGAAAAAAGAUAGAUAAUGGAUACAGACUACUGCAUGGCAUCCGGUUUAAGAACCAUCAAUUGGUGCCCCCAAAUAUACAAAGCAUGCUGAUACAGUGUGAGAUUUUUGAAAAUGCCAGUUACGUGACAGAUCGUCUGCUUUUUAAAGACGGCCUGGCCUUUGUGCAGCCAAAGUUUCUGCAGUUGGAGCGACAAGCCGAUGCCCAUCGCCAGCCCAGCGUAGUCAUGAUUGGCAUUGAUUCGAUGUCCCGGGCCAAUAUGCGACGUACCUUGCCACGCGUGAGUCGCUUUCUCAGUGGCAGCAGCAACUGGCAUGAGCUGCAGGGUUUCAACAAGGUGGGCGACAAUACGUUUCCCAAUCUGCUGGCCACACUGACUGGCCACUCCAUGGAGGACAUUGUCCAGCUGUACUGUGAUGUGAAUAAUCAGACGCAUGUGGGCUGCAUGGAUAGUUUGCCUUUUGUGUGGAAGAAUUUUAAAUACGUAGGCUAUACGACAGCAAUGGCAGAGGAUUGUGUGAAGAUUAACACUUUUAAUAACUAUCGUCUUGGCUUUAAAUAUGCACCCGUCGAUCAUUAUUUGCGCCCAUUUUUGCUGGCCCUGGAGAAUCAUCUGCCAAAGUUCGACAUCAGGGGCUUUAACCAAUGUCUGGGUCAUCGGCCGGGCAUGCAAUAUAUCUUUGAGUAUUGCGCCAAGUUUGUGCAACGCUAUCUGAAAAAGCAGCCUAUGUUUGGUUUCUUCUGGACCAACAGCUUCUCGUCUGCCGAUUAUAUCGGACCCUCGGCCUACGAUCAGUUCUUGUACAACUAUUUAACAAAAUUUGAAGCAAUGUCUCUUUAUAACGAAUCCAUAGUGAUAGUCUUUAGCGAUCAUGGCAUGCGUUAUGGCAACCUUAUCAGACUGCCUGAAGGACAAUUGGAGGAACGUCUGCCUAUGCUCUUCAUCUCGCUGCCACCGUGGUUCAAGCGUCAAUAUCCGCGAUUUGCAAGCGCCCUGCAAACGAAUCGCAAUCGCCUGAGCUCGCACUUCGACCUUUACAUGACCCUGAAGCAUCUAACCAUGUUGCCUGUGGCAACAGAUCCUCAGCUCUUGCCCACUCCAAGUUGCAAGUAUUGCCAGAGCUUGUUCUAUGAGUUGCCGAAGGAACGCCGAUGCCAAGAUGCAGGCAUCAAGGCGCAUUGGUGUGCCUGCGAGAAUUACGAGCUCGUGCCACUCAGCAGUUUGGUUCAGGACAUGUGCCAUUUCGUGGUAGGACGAAUAAAUCAGCUCUUGGCCUCGCACAAUCUGACAAAAGUGUGCAGUCCCCUCCGUCUUUUCGGCAUAAAACAAUCGCAGCGGAAGCGCCGAUCGCCAAUGGAUCCCCCAGAUGUGACCUUCUAUCGCGUACGUCUGGAGGUGUUGCCUAACAAGGCCAUGUUUGAGGCAACUCUGCAGUACAGGGAGAAGUCCCAGACCAUGGAUAUGGACAUGGAUUUCAGCCGUCUGACCACAUUCAGUAGAGACUCUAACUGCAUUCACAACAAGAACCUCAAAAAGUAUUGUGUUUGUUACAAAAAUAUUAAAAUUAAUUGA